AAGCAUCCAAAUUGUCCACAGAAACGGUCAACGAACGAGAUGGCAAGAUACCGCUCUCGCUCACGUUCCCGUUCUCAGGACUCCAGAGACAAGGACGCCUCACCAGAGUAUAAGCGACGAAAGCAUGACGACGACGACCAUGGCUCUCGUCGCAAGGAGCACAGGGACCGUUCAAGCAGAAAACAUCGGUCAGAAAGGGACAGAGACAGCCGGCGGGAUCGUAGCAAAGAUCGAAGCAAAGACAAAUCACGCAGUGAGAGAUCUCGGCAUUCCAAGUCCAAAGACGAGGAUCGUGAUGGCCAUAAGGAGAAAGAUCACCGCAGCGACAGAGAGCGGUCUGGGUCGGUGACACACCCUACGGUGGAAUCCAGCACAAAUGGCCAGACACGGACAGAACACACGGUAAGAACUGAUGGGAAGGAGAGCCCAAAGCGCCUCAGCGAUGCUAUGGACAUCGAUACCGUGGACCACCGGCAGCAAAAUAAUGGUCAGAUGCAUACAACAGGGCAAAAUGUCGCCGUGAAGACCGGGUCAGCUGUCAAGACCAACGAGUCAGGGAAAGACGAGAAACAGGUGCAGGAGCAACCUGCUACACCAGUAACUGAUGCAGAAGAGAAGUUGCGACAGCGACGAGAGCGAAUUGAACAGUGGCGACGGGAAAGAGCAGCAAAGGAAGCCGCAGAAAAAGGUGCCGAGGAGACCUCGACGGCGGAGGCGAGCCCGGUCUCGGUAAAGAAGGGAGACGGAGUAAUUCCGGAGAAGGAUGGCAAUAUAACUACCAAGUCGCGUGGUGCAGUCGCAACAGGCGGGCCAGCACCCACAACCACAUCACCAAAUCAUGUGGUCCGGAAGAGAGAAUCAUCUAUAGCCUUUGGUGCUUCUGGAUCAAAGCCAGGUCCCAAGUCGGUUGCAAAGUUCGGGUUUGGUAAAUCGGUGAAAUCCGGAAUAUCUAUCAAACCGACCGUUAUAGCCCCCAAGCCAUUAGCGAUAAAGCCAAAGUCGGCCUUUAGCUUUGAAGCGGAUGAUGACGAGGCAGCAGUGUCUAGAUUACCCAGUAAAAAGCUGCGGAUGUUAGGCACAGACGAUAUGGAGGUGGAUGCUGGCAAGGCCACCGAGAACGAUGAUGAUCAGGAUACUCUGGAAGCGUUUAUGGAGGAUGUAAACACUGAAGUUCAGAAGCUGAAUGAGGAUGACCAAUUGGCGCAACAACAAAACGAACCUAUGGACGUAAAUGAAGCCAACGAUCAAGAAGAUGAUCAAGAGGCCAUGAGUGACGACCCUGAUGAUUUGAUUGCAGCUGCUGCUAAAAAGCUGGCGGCGAAGCGCAAGGAUUUGGCACCAGUCGAUCAUAGUACUCAACAUUACGAGCCGUUCCGAAAAGAUUUCUAUAUUGAACCACCUGAACUUGGGGAUAUGACUAAUGAGGAAGUAGAACUAAAGCGAGCAGAACUAGAUGGUAUCAAGAUUCGUGGAGUCAGGUGCCCCAAGCCAAUUGAGAAGUGGACGCAGUUUGGUCUUCCAGGAGGAGUUGGUGAAGUGAUAAGGAGGAUUUUGAAGUAUGACAGGCCCACACCAAUUCAAGCGCAAGCUAUACCGGCGGUUAUGAGUGGGAGGGAUGUCAUUGGCAUCGCCAAAACGGGAUCGGGAAAGACGAUCGCUUUUCUGCUUCCAAUGUUCCGACAUAUCAAAGAUCAACGUCCUUUGGAAGCUCAAGAAGGACCAAUCGCGCUUAUCAUGACCCCAACACGAGAGCUUGCAGUGCAAAUCCACAAAGAAUGCAAACAUUUUGCUCGGGCACUGAAUCUCCGUGCAGUUUGUUGUUAUGGCGGUUCACCGAUUAAAGACCAGAUCGCGGAACUGAAAAGGGGAGCUGAAAUUAUCAUCUGUACACCAGGAAGAAUGAUUGAUUUGCUGUGCGCGAACAGCGGCAGAGUUACAAAUCUAAAACGUGUUACCUACCUUGUCCUUGAUGAAGCGGACCGUAUGUUUGACAUGGGAUUCGAGCCUCAGGUCAUGCGGAUCGUUAACAACGUGCGCCCCGAUAGGCAGACUAUCCUGUUUUCAGCUACAUUUCCGCGAAAAAUGGAAGCGCUUGCUCGAAAGAUUCUGCAAAAGCCACUGGAAAUUACCGUCGGCGGCAGGAGUGUUGUGGCGUCCGAUGUCACUCAAAUUGUCGAGGUGUUACAGGACGAUAAUGCUAAAUUCUUACGGUUGCUCGACAUUCUUGGUCGCACAUUCAAUGAAGAUCAGGAUGCGAAAGUGUUGAUUUUCACUGAUCGGCAAGAAGCUGCGGACAACCUUCUCACCCUACUUCUUCGAAAGGGAUAUCCAUGUCAGUCGCUUCACGGCGGAAAAGAUCAAGCUGAUAGGGAUUCCACUAUUUCCGAUUUCAAAACAGGAAAUACAAAUAUCUUGAUUGCAACAUCGGUGGCUGCUCGAGGUUUGGAUGUCAAACAGCUGAAAGUCGUCAUCAAUUACGAAUGUCCCAACCAUAUGGAAGAUUAUGUUCAUCGUGUUGGACGCACAGGCCGUGCGGGGAACAAGGGUACAGCGUACACAUUCAUUACGCCUGAUCAGGAGAAGUUUGCGGUGGAUAUUGUAAAGGCGUUGACUAUGAGCGAGGUGCAAGUGCCAGAGGAUUUGCAAAAGCUUGCAGACUCAUUCAUUCAGAAGGUGAAGACAGGCGCGGCGCAGUAUUCUUCGUCUGGGUUUGGCGGGAAAGGUUUGGAAAAAUUGGAAAAGGAGCGGGACAUGGUGAAGAAGCUUCAAAAGAAAGCUCAUGGUGCUGCUUUCGAUGACGAAGAUGAUGAGGAAGAUGAAGACGUCAAGUUCGAGGCAAAGGCAGUGCCAGCGGGGGCAGCUCCUCCACCAGUCGCUGGGGAUAGUACAGCCACGACACCAGCUGCCAAUGGAGGCGGUUUGGCAUCGGCGGCGGUCAAAGCUGCACAAGAGGCAGCCGCAAAAGUUAAUGCCGCUGUGGGUGCGUCCGGAGCAGCCAGAGCUCGCGACAUUAUUGCGGAAAUCAAUGCAAAAUUCAAGGAUGCGGCUGCAGGAGUCGGCGGCGAGGACAAGAAGCAAGCAUCAGAGGCUGCAUAUGCAUAUGAGAUUGAAAUCAACGACUAUCCGCAAAAGGCACGUUGGCGCGUUACAAACAAGGAGCAAAUUUCACAAAUCACCGAGCUCAGUGGUGCAGCCAUUACAACAAGAGGCACCUACUUUCCUCCCGGCAAGCAACCUGGACUUGGAGAACGCAAGUUGUACUUGUUUAUUGAAGGUGAUACGCAGAUCGUCAUUGAUAAAGCAAAGGCUGAAAUCAAACGUAUCAUUACGGAGGCUACCAUCUCCAGUAUGGAGAGCGAGGCUGCGGGUGGUGCUCGCUACUCAGUUCUGUGAUGUAACCUGCUCGACGCGGUGUGACGUCGCAUGUAGAUAAGUUUAGAUUGCACCUGCAUAUAUGGAAAACACGAUGUUUUGUGUGUACUUUAUUACUACAGAAGGAAAUAUCGUCUAGUUAAUCAAUUGUCUACGACUGCCGCAGGAAAGGUUCUGUAGACAGCGACAACCAUGCAGGUUCAGUUGACCUAAUCAGAGUCUGUAGAUUGGAGAGACUCCAUAAGAGGGGGCAAACCCACGCCAGCUGUUGAAGAAAAUGCGGCCAUUCAUGGAAUUCCGGAAGAAGACCCGCAUGUUACCAUGGUCCUCCAUGGCCACGAGCUGCCCCCGAGCUACGCGGACAUUGACAAGCCACAUGGUCCGGAUGGACAAGCCUAC